AUGGCUGGACCGAAUUUAGAAAUCUUCAAAUUUAGUGUCUAUAUUUUCUUUCCAAUAGCUAUGAUGUACUAUUUCGGAGAUCCCAAAUUUUACGAGAAACAUAUCAGAGGGACUCAAUUUUGGCCUGAAUUAGAGACAACAAACAAACCACCAACGACCAAAGAAGACGCACGAAUUGAGUUUGAGAAAAUGAAAGCAAAGAUACAAGAGUCUUCGAACAAUUCAACGAGUACCUGA